AUGAACCUGGAACCUGUGGAGGAGGAGGAGGAGGAGGAGGAGGAGGAGGAGAGAAUGCAGCAGUCGCUUCCUGACUUUUUCCUCUACUGUGAUGGGGCUUAUAACCAGACACCAACAAGGCAUCAUGUGGAACUUUACUAUAUUGUUCAGAGGAAGGCCUGGUUUGAUGGAAUUGCAAAAUGCUUUACUGCAUCCUCAAGUCUAGCAUCAGAGAUAGAGGCUGUAAGACGAGCAUGGCUUUUGAUUAAUGCUCGAAAUCUGGAGAAUGCCACUGUCAUUUGUGAUUUCCUCAAUGUUAUCAAGCUGAGCACUUCUGAAGAUGUUUUCCUGCAGAUCGGCCCAAAAAGUCCAAACCAAAAAGUUAAAGGCUCGGCCAAGUUUUUUGUCCCGUGGACAGAGCCUGGGCCAGGAUUAUUGGCCCACAGACCAACUUGA